GAUCUGGGAAUCCCCACUCCUCCAGGCUGCCAAAGAGAACAACCUCCCAGCCAUUAGGAAACUUCUCACUGACAGAACAUGUGAUAUCUAUCAGAGAGGUGCAGUGGGGGAAACCGCCCUUCAUGUAGCUGCCUUGUAUGAUAAUGUGGAGGCUGCAGUUACUCUGAUGGAAGCAGUUCCUGAGCUUGUCAAUGAGAGAAUGACAUCAGAGCUCUAUGAGGGGCAGACAGCUCUCCACAUUGCAGCAAUGAACCAGAACAUCACUUUGGUGAAGGCUUUACUCAAGAGAGGGGCCAAUGCCUGCACAGCACAGGCCACUGGGCACUUCUUCAGGCACAGCUCCCAGAAUCUUCUCUAUUUUGGACAGCAUGUUUUAUCAUUUGCUGCCUGUGUGGGAAACGAGGAAAUUGUACAGUUGCUCAUUGAAAAUGGAGCUGACAUUAGAGCUCAAGAUUAUCUGGGUAACACUGUUCUUCACAUCCUCGUUCUCCAACCUAAUAAGACAUUUGCCUGCCACAUGUACAGCCUGAUACUUUCCUACGACAGGAACAAAGAGGGACCAGGAUCACUUGAGCUGAUUGCUAAUAACGAGGGCCUUACUCCAUUCAAACUGGCUGGAGUUGAGGGCAACACUGUGAUGUUUCAAUACCUUAUGCAGAAACGGAAGCACAAUCUCUGGUCCUUUGGUCCCUUAACCACUGUGCUCUACGAUCUCACAGAGAUUGACUCCUGGGCUGAAGAUCAGUCCUUCCUUGAGCUCAUUGUCUCAACCAAGAAGAGAGAGGCACGCCAGAUCUUGGACCUAACACCUGUGAAGGAGUUGGUGAGCCUGAAGUGGAAUAUGUAUGGUCGUCACUAUUUCUGUUUCCUGGCUUUGUUCUAUGUACUCUACAUGGUCUGCUUCACUAUGUGCUGCGUCUACCGACCACUGAAACCCCGAACAGGCAACAAAACAAACAGCAGAGACAAUACAAUCUAUGUCCAGAAAAUGCUGCAGGAAUCAUAUGUGACAUAUGAGGAUGAGCUGAGGCUGGUGGGGGAGCUGAUCACAGUCAUUGGAGCUGUAGUAAUUUUGAUCCUUGAG